UCGUAAUAAAUAAAUAGGGACGGGAGCAGGACUUGUCCGUGUUCAAAAGGUGUGUUCCAUUCAGGCCCAGCAGUGGACCGAGAACAGUGAGCACGUUGGAGUGGUUUCGUUUCGUGUGGGAUGUUUACCAUUUGAUCCUUUCGGUGUUACGGUGCGGUCCCAUCACUGUCCUUGCAUCCCUUUAUCGAUUAAACGCCCUUAAAAACGGACGAAAAACAACACCCGGAACGUCAAACGCGCGCGCCCUGUGUGUCGCCAACGAUCGAUCGAUUAUUAGCGAGUGUGUUCCAUUCGUGCUCGAUUCCGUGCGAUAGAUUUUUGCCAACGGACGUAAUCCGGUCUAUCUCCGGUGCAGGUGCGCCCUGUCCUAGCCUCAUCUCGUCACCAGUGAAACGGGUUGGGUGAAGUUGAUUUUGCGCGGACCUGUCAGGCGAAUCGAGCAAGUGUCCGGCUUCCAAGAGUGUGCACCCCAACGUGAGGCGUGCUAAUCAUUCCAGCCAUUAGCGUCACCCAAAGUCCAGCCGGUCACGGAAUUACCCGCCACCGCGUUGCGAGGGCAUUCCAACCACCACCAUCGACAGCAGCAUCAUCAUCAUCAUCUUGUGGUACGUGAGGGCAGCAGGUAGCACGUAAGAAGAGCAAUAGAACGGGUUCCACCCCUUGGCCUGCGCGCUUGAAAGAGAGGGAAUUUGUUUUGAUGCUGAUGCGCUGGUGGCCAGAGCCAGAGUGUUGUGUUGAUGUGAGCAAGGGUGGUGCUUCCCUCCAUGUGGCAUCAUGUGUGUUGUGCAAUGAGUGAGCUGUAGGUGUGCGUGGCUACGUCUCUGACCGCUGAGAGUGUUGAUUAACGAGAUCAGAUCGCGAACACCGUCGCAGUCGCGGUCGCUUCAUUCCUAUCCAGCAAACAAAAGCGAAAAAAAACUCGUUACCUCAAGGCCUUGUGCUCUCCAAAUCUACCCAAGAGGACUCAUCGAUGGAGGAUAAAAGAGAUAUCUAGAUGCUCGUCAUUUUGCUGUACCAAGCUUGGAGCUGAAAAGUAACAGAUAACGGGAUCCGUAGCGCCGCCUCGAACGUAAAGGAUACCACCGCAGCACUGACGAACGACGAUCGGUUCAUAAGCAGCAACAGGAAUGCGCCACUACACCAACCAACAUCACCCACAGAGACGUGCUGCGAGCGCAUGAAAGCGAUGCUACAAAACAUCUUCCCAACCCGCGGAUCUCAUGCAUAAAGAUAAUACAAAUUUGUUACAUCUACCUGGUGCGGUUCAUUCCUUCCUUUGUGGGGAAUUAUUUAAAAGCGUACCCCAAGAAGUGCUCCUCCUUCGUGCGAUGCAUGAUCGUACCGCGGGGAGUUGAACCGAGAACCGAGAAGUAGAGAAAGGGCUCCGUUGGUGAGUUUUCAAAAAAGCCACACACUCGAAGCUGACGCAGUAAGAAGAGCUACUUGAGGAAGGGUAGAAGGUGAAAAGCAACGUUAAGACCAACCAUGACGGUGAAGCUGUUUCGACGGGGGUCCGCCCGAUGCAUCGGGUUGUUGUCGGCGUCCGUCACGAUACUACUCUGCCUCUACUACAUCUCCAUGGGUCAACCGUCCCCGACCGGCACUGGCACGUCUUCGGCCGGCAUGGUCGAUGGUCGACACGGGAAGGACUCAUCCGCUGCCAUGGCAGCCGCCGCUAUGGCACAUCACAAACGAUCUAACGGCCAGGAUGUGCAGCAGACGGGCUCGCAUGCAAAUCUGUCGUGGCCCAGCUGGCUACGAAACAGCCUCGGUUCGAUAGGGGGCCUCAGCAAGGAUCAUCAACACCAGCGCGUCGGUGAUUGGGAAGGUGAUAACGUGCGAGAUGAAGAUGAUCUCAACGACACGGGCGGCGGUGGUGCUGGAGGUGGAGCCGGUGGUGGGCCACUGCCACGGUUCAGCAACCGAUGGGAUGAGUGCAGUGUGCUGGAGGAAAGCUCCACCGACAUCAGCACCGUUGAUGAGUAUGGAAAAUUCGAUUUUCAGCCGGAAUGGAUGAAAACGAAGGAGUACUGGGACAAGGACUUUGAGUCACGCUACGAAAAGCUGCAGAAGGAUCCGAAGCGGCCACCGCUGAAGAUUGUCGUCGUACCGCAUUCCCACAACGAUCCGGGCUGGUUGAAAACUUUCGUCAACUACUUCCAGUCGGACUCGCGUCAAAUUCUCAACCUGGCCGUCACCAAAAUGCCCGAGUACAGCAACAUGUCGUUCAUCUGGAGCGAGAUCAGCUUCCUGCAGCUCUGGUGGGACCAGGCGCACCCGACCAAGCAACGGAUCCUGAAAAAAUUGGUUCAAUCGGGACGAUUAGAGAUUACGACUGGUGGCUGGGUCAUGACGGACGAAGCGAACGCUCAUCUCUAUGCAAUGGUUGAUCAGCUUAUCGAAGGUCAUCAAUGGGUGAAGUCAAACCUCAACAUAACACCCAAGACGGGCUGGAGUAUCGAUCCGUUUGGGCAUGGCAGUACCGUACCGUACUUGUUGGCUGCAUCCGGCUUCAAGGGAACCAUCAUCCAACGAAUCCACUACGCGUGGAAGCAAUGGUUCGCCCGCCAUCGGUACGGUGAUUUCCUGUGGAAACCGUACUGGAAGGGAUCAGCAGCCAGCACGAACGAUCAUACACUGCUCACGCACAACAUGCCGUUCGAUAUCUACUCGAUCAAGCACUCGUGUGGACCACAUCCGUUCAUCUGUUUGAACUUUGACUUCCGAAAAAUACCGGGCGAGUACACGGAAUAUUCCAUCAAGGCGCAGUUCAUCACGCAGGAGAACAUCGAAGCGAAGGCGGACCUUCUGAUGGAGCAGUACUCAAGGACCGCUUCUCUGUUCCCGCACAACGUCGCCUUGAUCCCGGUGGGUGACGAUUUCCGGUACAACAAGGAGAAAGAGAUGGAGCAACAGUACACCAACUACAAGAAGCUGAUCGACUACAUCAACGAGCAUCGAAAGAAGUACAACGCCGAGAUCAGCUUCGGAACGCCUGUCGAUUAUUUCAACGCGAUCCGGGAACGGUACGAUCGUUUUCCGACUCUGAAGGGCGAUUUCUUCGUGUACGCGGACAUUUUCAACGAAGGACGACCGGCGUACUGGUCCGGAUACUUCACGACGCGGCCCUACUACAAGAUACUGAGCCGUGAGUUGGAGCACAAUCUGCGCAGCCUCGAGAUUCUCUUCACGAUCGCGUUCAAUCGAGCGCGUCAGGAGGGCAGCUCGAACGCGUUCAAGAUCUACGAGAAGAACUACGAAAAGAUGAUACUGGCGCGGCGGAAUCUGGGGUUGUUCCAGCAUCAUGACGCGAUCACCGGCACGUCGAAGGCGAACGUGAUGCGGGACUAUGCACUGCGGUUGUUUGAAAGCAUUGAGGACACGGUGAAGUUGCAGGAGAAGACGAUCGAGCUGCUGGUACAGCGGAAGCCACUAGAGCACAGCUUCCUGAUCGGGGAGCUCGAGCGAGACAACUUUGGCAAGCUGCCACGCAAGACGCCCAUCAUUGUGACGGAGGGCGGUCGCAGUGCGGACUUUAUCGCGUACAAUGCGCUCGCCCAGGAGCGGCUGGAGGUGAUCACGAUCCGCACACUGACGCCGCGUGUCAAAAUCCUGGACGCAAACGGUCGGACGGUCGAGAUCCAGAUCAACCCCGUGUGGAACAUCACGGAAACGUCCUACACGUCGCGCAAGAUCGUGCCCUCCGACAAAGAGUACGAGGUGAUGUUCGUGGCAAAGUUGGCCCCACUCUCGCUGACCACCUUUACGGCGGCAUACGAUGAGGACGGGUACCAGGGCAAGAUGGCGACACUGUACUGUAACGAGUGUCAGGACGAGAAGAACAAAGCGUUUGAGGUGCGCAAUAAGCAACCGGGCGAUAUACAGCUGGAGAACUACAAGAUGCGGUUGUUGUUUGACGAGCAGAGCGGUUUCCUCAAGUCGGUCACGAAGAAGAACAUGGGCAAGCAGAUCCAGUGUGCGAUCAAGUUUGCGGCGUACAAGAGCGCUCAGUUCCACUCCGGUGCGUACCUUUUCAAGACCGAUCCGGAGCAGCGCAGUUCGGAGAAGGAUGUGCUGGAGCAGUACGGUGAUCUCACAAUUCUGAUUACCUCCGGUCCGUUGGCCAGCGAUGUCACGGCCAUCUAUGGACCGUUCCUGGCCCACACCGUGCGCAUUUACAACUCGAACAGCGUGCUCGAUAGUGCGAUCUACAUUGAGAACGAUAUUGACUUCGAAACGCCGCCAAAGAAUCGUGAAACCGAACUCUUUAUGCGCUUCAUUACCGAUAUCGAGAAUGGGGCGAGUGAAAAUCCCGAGUUCUACUCCGACCUGAACGGCUUCCAGUAUCAGAAACGCGUGAAAGUGUCCACCAUUGGUGUGGAGGGCAACUACUUCCCGAUCACGUCGGGUGCCUUCAUUCAGGAUGAGCGAAUGCGCCUGACGCUUCUCACGACACACGCCCAGGGUGCUGCCAGUUUGGAACCGGGGCAACUCGAGGUCAUGCUGGACCGACGCACGCUCUACGAUGAUUACCGUGGUAUGGGUGAAGGAGUGAUCGAUAGCCGAUUGACACGGCACCGUUUCUGGUUGACGCUGGAAACGAUCGAUGGUGCACCACGAUCCAGUGCGACUGGUGACAAUGGUGAUAGCUCCGAGAACCGUAAACCUUCUGCCAACGAGGACAAUCCGGCGGAAUACCAGCUACCGAGCAUCUUCGCCAAUAACCUCGCGAAUGGACUCAACUAUCCGGCCAAUCUGUUCAUCGUCGAACGGUACGAUGAGACCAGUCAGAUCGAGUUGCACCGAGCGGUGCAGCUGCUGGCCGUGCAGUUUCCUUGCGAUCUGCAUAUUCUCAAUCUGCGCACCCUCACCGAAAGCACACUGCCACUGUUUCCCUCGAGUUCGGCGUUGCUGGUGCUCCAACGUCAGGGUUACAGCUGUCGGAUAGGAUCCGAAGAGAUGAUCAGCUACUUCUGUGGCAACAGUAGUGCCACCAAUCC